UUGAUGUGCCCAGAUGCAACGAAUUUUUCUUUGUUGGCUUGCCAUCGCCACCGUUUCCCAAACUGUUUCAGCAAAGAAGUUUAUGAAAAUAUUCGCAGAUGCGGGAAUUGGAAUUCAUUGCCCGUCAGGCAACAAAGUGUAUAUUCACCCAAUCAGUGGUGAUUUACAACUGUGUACCCAACAACUAGGAGUCUACAAUGAGACAAGCUGUCCUGGAGGAACAGCUUGUGAACGGUUUCCUAUAUUGAUUCCUGGAUUCCAGGACUAUUGUUGCUGGUCUGAAAGCAAUCCAGAAUCUGAACUAUCAUCGGAACUUGAAAUUGUGAAACCUCCAAUGUCAAAACGAAAACCGGGAGUUACAGUUGCACCAAUUGAUGAGGAGGACAAUGAAAAAAUAUUUCCAAUUGAUGAAGAAGAGGAAGAAGAUUUGAAAAUUGAAGAGAAAAAAUCAGUGAGAAAGCUAUCAAGUGAUGAAGACGAAGAAGAAGAAAUUGAAUGGGAAUUUGAAACAACGACUGUGAAACCAAGAAAAACUAAAAGUAGAAAAGUACCAAUUAUUACUACCACAGAGCCACCCAUGUUGAUUACAACCACUAUUAAAUCUGCACCAUCUCGACGCCCUCAAUGUAAUGAUCCAGAUAAAACAGUUCUAAUUGAUUAUGGAAAUCGCUUGAGAGACUGCUAUUUUACGCAAUGUCUCCGUGGUUUCAAAUGCGAGUUCAAUCGAGAAAUUCGUCGUUUCAUUUGUUGUGGAAAUGAAAUUGAUGUGCCACCAGCAGGAUUGCCACGUAUUCCAGAACCAUCUCCUGUUAUUAAAUCCCGCCCGUUUCGUCCUAAUCGUCCGUUUGGGAGACUAAAUGAUGGUGAAGAGGAUGAAGGAAAUACUGACGGAGAAAACCGUGGUCCCAGAAAUCCAAUAGUUCCGUUUAAUCAAGCCGGCCCAUUUCAAGGUCCAAUAGUUUCACCCAAAGUUGAGUCAAUGAUUGAAAAUAGUCUUGGAUCGACAUCGAUGCCAAAUCCUAACAGAAAAAGUAAAUACGACGAAGAUGAUGAUUAUGAAGAUGGUGAUGGAAAUGGAUGCAAUGGAAAUGGAUGUUCAUAUGGAAGAAGAGGUGGAGGAAAUCAAAACUCUGGAGGUGGAUGUGAAAUGAAUUGUAGAAGAAAUGGUGGAGGGAAUAACGAUGGAUGUGGAUGCAAUAGAAGAGGAGGAAAUAAUAAUGGAAACAGAGGUGGAAACAGUCAAGAAUGUGGAAAUGGUGGUUGUCCAUGGAAUGGGAAUAACAACAACAACAAUAACAAUGGAAACCGUCCUAGAAGACCUCGGCCAGAUACAGAUUACGAAGAAAAUGAAAAUGGAUGUGAAGCAGAUCUUGGUGGAUCAAAUGGUGGAGGAAAUGGACCAGUACCUCCAAUCCCAGAGCCGAAACCUUUGUGCAAGGGACUGAAGUUUAAGAAAACUGCAAAUGGGGGAGGAGGAAACAAUAAUAACAACAAUAACAAUAAUAAUAGGAAUAAUGGACCACCGCCUAGAAAUAAUGGUAACAAUAAUGGAAAUGGACGACCGAUGAAACCACCUUCAUCGUCUGGAUCUGGAUCGAAUCGAAGAAGUGGUCCACCACCACCACCGCCGCCGCCAAGAUCAUCGGGUGCCAAUGGCAAUAGAAACGGAGGUGGAGGAAAUCGACGAAAUAAUAACAAGAAUUCAUCUAAUAGUAAUAAUAACAAUAACUUCAAUGGAAAUGGAAAUGGAGACGGAAGUUAUAAUAACAAUAAUGACAACUGUGAUUUUGAAAAUCGAUGUGGAGGGCAAGGAGGAUUUGAGAAUGGAAAUGAGAAUCAGAGAUUUAGUAGUCGGAAACAGCCUCCUCCGAAACCAUCCGCUAAUAACAAUAAUGGAGACAGAAAGUUACCACGUUCCGUUCCAUACAUACCUCCUCAAUCCCCACCCACCUUCAACGAUUGCCCUAAAGGAGCUGAGUAUCUAGAUGGAUUCAAUGCUCCAAAAUGUCUACCUCCAGCAAUUGAUUCAUGUCCAAUGAGUCAUAACAAAUGCCGUUAUUCAUCUCGGUUCGGACAUCAUCUCUGCUGUAAUUCCCAGUAAUUUAUUUUUAUUGUAAAAUCAACGAAAGUCACAUCUAACAUUCCGACAAAUCAGAGUUCUAUGUAAAUUUAUUUUUUUUCACUUGUUCCUCAUUCACUUUUUUACUUGAUCAGAAUAUUGUCGUCUUAAUCAAAGUGUUCUUUUUAUCCACUUUCUUCUAAAUAAAACAGUUUAUCUAAU